AUGCUCAACAUCAUACAGAGCUUCCUCUCCGAGCGAACAUUCCAGGUGUCCGUAGGGAGACACUUAUCUCGCGAACAUCCGCUGGAAAACGGAGUACCUCAAGGCUCGGUCCUCUCUGUGACCCUAUUUCUCGUCGCUAUGCAGCCGAUAUUCCAAGUGAUACCGAAAGGAGUUGACAUACUCCUAUACGCGGACGACAUCCUCCUCGCUGUGCGAGGCGCCAAAAGUGACGGGUUAUACCGUAAACUGCAGGCCGCCGUCAAGGCUGCCGAUCACUGGACGAAAAGCGUCGGUUUCGCCAUGUCGGCAACAAAGUCCUUCAUUUUUUACUGCAGCCCGAAUAUACGGAAUGAACCUACAGGAGACAUCACCAUCGAUCAGACUCCCAUUCCGACGACCAACCAGCUUAGGAUUCUGGGUGUAACCUUGGACCGAACCCUCACCUUCAGACCUCACUGCAAGUUGACGAAAAAAACUUGCGAGUAUCGGUUACGGAUUCUGCGGAUGAUCGGUGCCCAAUGUUUACGUGGCAAUCGAACAUCUCUGCUACAGGUUGGAUCAGCAUUAGUCACCUCGAAGUUGCUGUAUGGGAUAGGACUUGUCAGUCGAGGAGGAUCGCCGAAUUUGCAGACUCUUGCCCCUGCUUACAACAAAAUGGUCCGGUUUGCUUCCGGAGCCUUUGUUACCAGUCCAAUAGUCUCGAUCAUGGCCGAGGCAGGGACCCUACCCUUCGAAUUACUUGCAGCUCAAGCCACAGUGCGAACAGCCAUCCGAAUAUAUUCGCAUAACCGGAAUAACGGUACCCUUCCUCUGAUCCAGCGAGCAUCAGACCGGCUGGAAGAACUAACCGGUUCACCUCUUCCUGUUGUCGGCCAACUCACACAGCAGAGUAGUCGUACAUGGAACGCACGAAAGCCGGCGAUUGUGUGGGAGGUGAAGGAAAAUGUUCGCGCAGGAGAUCCACCUCAGAAAGUUCAUUCGAUCCUUCGGCAAGUACUAGAUACUCGUUUCCGCCAUUCGACCGUCAUCUAUACUGACGGAUCCAAGCGUGAAGACACGGUAGGGGCAGCAUUCUACAACGUCGGGAUAGCCCAGAAAUACAGUCUUCCGAAAGAAUGUAGGGUCUUCUCAGCAGAGGCAUACGCCAUUAAAAUGGCACUCUCUAUGCCGAAUGUUCGCAACGAAGUGGUGAUCAUGACCGAUUCGGCUAGCUGUCUCCUGGCCUUAGAAGCAGGACAUUCUCGCCAAUCGUGGAUACAAGAGAUCGAACAAAUAGUGCGAAACAAAUCCUUUCGUUUCUGCUGGAUUCCGGGGCAUACUGGCAUCAGCGGAAACACGGAGGCGGACCGAUUGGCUAACGAGGGCAAAACACAACCUGCCACCAAUAUCCCAAUUCCAGCGGAAGAUGCUGCAAGGGCGAUUCGCCUCCGAUGGGAGAGGCAGUGGUUUGAAGCGAGACACGUGAAGCUGAGGGAGGUCAAACGCGACACGCUUAGGUGGACCGAUCGCGGCAGCCCUGCUGAACAGCGUCAACUUACACGGCUGAGGAUUGGCCAUACACGGCUGACCCACACCUUCUUGCUGAAAAAAGAAGAACCGCCGGACUGCGAAUGUGGCGGUGUAGAGCUGACGGUGCGACAUAUUAUCCUCGAAUGUAGGAAGUACGAUGGAGAGCGAAGAAAAUACAACAUCGGCAGCAGUCUAUAUGAAGCUCUGGGAAACACCGAUGAACAAGCAAUCCAGUUGCUAAACUUCCUACGUGCAACAAAAUUGAACAACAAAUUGUAG